UGACACCAAACAGUACGCAAAACAGUAUCGCAACGCAGCAACUAAAAGGGUGCUCUUUGAGGAUGCCAGUCGCUUUCGUUUCAUCAUAUAAUUUUGAGAAGUGUCACGUGUUCCUCUGGUCCAUCACGUGACCCGGCGCCACGAACCAAUAGAGGGGCACCGUUAGUCCUGGGCAGAGCGAAGAGGAGAAAAAAUCAUUUUCCCUUUGCGAUUUUUAAUCUUGCAACGCCAAAAGUGGACGUCAUCUACUGUAUCCUGCGCUACAUAAAGGUGACCGGUUGGCUGACUCACCACCAUCACACUCGCCUUGGCCCUUGAACUCCUCUCUCACGUGACCACGCCCCUUCCUUCACAUCCAAUCCCGACAUGGAGCCCAUUAAGGUCCAAUCAGAAGGUGGACUGAAUGUGACCCUCACCAUCAGGCUGCUGAUGCACGGCAAGGAGGUUGGAAGCAUCAUAGGAAAGAAAGGAGAAACGGUGAAGAAAAUGCGAGAAGACAGUGGUGCCCGUAUCAACAUCUCAGAGGGGAACUGCCCUGAACGGAUAGUCACAAUCACCGGGCCAACAGAUGCUAUUUUCAAGGCCUUCGCCAUGAUAGCCUACAAGUUCGAGGAGGAUAUAAUCAACUCUAUGAGCAACAGUCCAGCCACCAGUAAACCUCCUGUGACCCUGAGGCUCGUUGUGCCGGCCAGCCAGUGUGGCUCCCUCAUCGGCAAGGGAGGCUCCAAAAUCAAAGAAAUGAGAGAGUCCACAGGGGCUCAGGUCCAGGUUGCAGGGGACAUGCUCCCCAACUCCACCGAGAGAGCAGUGACCAUCUCAGGGGCCCCCGAAGCCAUCAUCCAGUGUGUCAAACAGAUAUGUGUGGUGAUGCUAGAGUCCCCACCGAAAGGUGCCACCAUCCCCUACCGCCCCAAGCCUGCCUCCACCCCUGUCAUUUUUUCAGGUGGCCAGGUAAGAGCAGACCCACUGGGGGCGUCCACAGCCAACCUCAGCCUCUUACUGCAGCACCAGCCACUGCCUGCCUACACCAUUCAAGGACAGUACGCCAUCCCACAUCCAGACCAGUUGAGCAAGCUCCACCAGUUGGCUAUGCAGCAAACCCCCUUUACCCCCCUCGGACAGACCACCCCUGCCUUCCCCGCAGCAGGUCUGGAUGCCAGUAACCAGGCCAGUACUCAUGAACUCACCAUUCCCAAUGAUCUAAUAGGCUGCAUAAUCGGACGCCAGGGAACCAAAAUCAACGAGAUCCGUCAGAUGUCUGGGGCGCAGAUCAAAAUUGCUAACGCUAUGGAAGGGUCAUCGGAGCGCCAGAUCACCAUCACAGGGACCCCCGCCAACAUCAGCCUGGCCCAGUACCUCAUCAAUGCAAGGUUCAGAGACGUGGCGGCCAUGUGGAAUGACCCAUCUUCCAUGACCACAUCCUGAGAUCCCUGACUGGCUCCUCCGUUUGGCCCUUUCCAAUGACUGACCACCGCAGACAACCCUGAUGAAGCCCUUCGGACUCUGGCUCUGGCUCUCCGAAAACCCUGACCGCCUCCCCGCCCUGGUUCAAAGUUAUUUAUACGUCAGGGAUGGUUGGGCGCUCAUUUUGAUUUCAGAGAGCCAAAUUAAGUUAACAAAAAAAAAAAGAAAUUCUCUGUUGAUUAGGUUUUUUAGAGAACUGUUGAAGCAUGUUGAAUGUUUAUUAGGAACAACUUGUGUUAAUAUUUCUUCUUUUUCUCUCUAUUGCUUUCUCUCUGUCAGUGCUGCGUCAUAGAACAUCAUAUAAAAGUAUAAAAAAGUACUCGUAAAAAGGUCAAGAAUCUUUGUAGAACAUAGUUAUUUGCAUAUUACAUCUGCGCAGUGAUGCUAUCGGCAGAGUGUGUGGUGGGAUGUAGCCAAAUUAUCAAAUUUUGAUAAUGUAUUUUCAAAAGAAAACAAAUUGGACCGUUCUGCUUUGGUCCUAAUUUGCAUCUUUGUCUACUUACAAAUCCAAUGUCUACCCAUGACUCUCUGCUGCAUCACAUGACCCUUUUAAGCCAAUGGUAUCACUCCUAGAGCCUCCCUUCUCGUGUUGACUUCCUAUAUUUACAUUAUUGCUUACAUUGCAUGUGUUCAAUGUCGUGUAGUUGUGCAUUUGAGUAAAACCUGUUCAAUGUGUUCAACGUUAUUAUAUCUCCUGUUCUUUUCCGCUAACGUUUUCAGCAUUUUUGACCAUUCACGUCUAGUCCCGCUCCCGGCCCAAAUGAAAAACGUUCCGACAUAGCCUCCUUCUAUCGACACCGAUUAUUAGUAUAUAGAUGCAUGAAUGGGAAUUCGUGAAUAACAGUGGCUAAAACAUUAACUGAACAUUUAAAUGAUUGUUUACUAAUUUAUUAUUAUUAUAACUGUAUUUGUUUUGUACAAGGAGUAUUGUGACUUAGCACAAUAGUCGACUACGCGGCGCUCAUGCAAUAGACUCUUCAACACUUUACUCUGGACUGCCUCUGAAAUGGGGGGACUUAGUUGGACUUAAAAGCCAAAUGUUGCGUCCAAACCUUUCGGCUUCCUUCCCUCGUCUCCGAGAGGUUUUUGGGUGCUUGUGAAAGCUUUCAGUGUGAGC